AUGUCAUAUAGUACCUCACUUGAAUCAUUUGGAGGUUCACCACCAAAAGAUGGAGAAGAAUGCCAAAAUUUAUUGAAUCCUAUCAUUGAUUUAGAUGCAAAUACAAAUCAAGAGCCAGUAACAAAUGAAUCAACACCAGCAACAACAAAUGAAGUUGUGAAUGAAGAAAAUGUUGAGAGCAGUGACAUUAUUAUUCAAGAGUCCAAGAGGAAGAAAACUUCUCUAGUUUGGGAUCACUUCAAAAAAGUGGAAUCAAAGAAUGGAAAAAAUGGCAAUGUAUACACUAAUUAUUGCAUUGCUGUUUAUGAAGCUGAAAGAAAAAAGUUGAAGUCUACUUUGAGGAAAAAACGUAUUCUUAGUUUUGUUCAUGUUCCUCCCCCUCGGCGUGGUGUUGAUACUGCUGAUGCAAUCUUCAAAUGUCUUAAAGAUUGGGGCAUUGAAAAUAAAAUAUUUAGUGUUUCGGUGGAUAAUGCACUCUACAAUGAUAUAUGUUUGAAAGAGUUAAAAGUUUUGAUUUUAAGGCACCGAAAGUUAGUGUUAAAUGGAAAGUUAUUUCAUGUGCGUUGUUGUGCACAUAUACUUAACUUGCUUGUUCAAGAUGGUAUUGGGAAAAUAGCAAAAAUAGUUGAAAAUGUGCGUGAAAGUGUGAAGUUCAUCAAUCAGUCUGAAGCAAGGUUGCAAACAUUCUCACAAAUAGUUCAACAACUAAAGCUUAGUGGUAAAAAAUUAAUUCUUGAUUGCCCUACUCGUUGGAACUCCACUUAUCAAAUGUUGUCAGUUGCAAUGCAGUUUAAAGAAGUCUUCCCUCGUUUUCAAGAUCGAGAACCAAGCUAUACGACUCUUCCAGAUGAUGAUGAUUGGGAAAAGGUUGAAAAAGUUUCUAAGUUGCUAGAGCUAGUUUUAGAUCAAGCUAUCGAUGAUGAAUCUGAUUUUAUGAAAGAAAUGGCAAAAGCGAUGAAGGAAAAAUUUGACAAAUAUUGGAGUCAAUGUAAUCUUGUUAUGUCCCUUGCUUCUGUUUUGGACCCUAGGAUCAAAAUUAUGGGUGUUAACAUGUGUUUUCCAUUAAUUUAUCCGAAAGAUGAAGCUAGAAAAAAUAUAGAAAAUGUGUGUAUUGCUCUUGAUGACAUGUAUAAAGAGUAUGUUGAUCUACCUAGUGAGCAUAGUGAAGAAGGAUCUAGUAGAACUAUUGUUGAUCAAAAUGGGCUUAUUUUGGAGCCACAAAAAUCCUCAGGGUGGUCAUUGUUAAUGAAUUAUGUUGAAGAGCAACAAGCAAUUCCUGCUGUAAAAUCUGAAAUUAAAGAUGGAAAAUAUAGAGUGUUGUCCCGUAUGGCAGCAGAUGUUCUUGCCAUUCCAAUAUCUACGGUGGCUUCGGAGUCAACUUUUAGUGCCGGAGGGAGAGUUAUUAAUUCAUUUCGAGCUUCUUUAAAUUCAACUACUGUCGAAGCUUUAAUUUGUGGUGGUGAUUGGCUUCGAAUAUUGCAUGGAAUUAGGAACAAACCUAAGGUGGAGCAAGUGCAAACAGAAAUUACAUUACUCCCUUGA